GCCAGAUUCCCCUACUGGCCAGGCAGUUGGUAUGCUCCAGGACCUGAGCAGCUCCUUCUAGCAUCCUUCAUCCUUCAGGUACCAGCCAUCUGGGCAGUGCUUGAGCAGCAGAAACAGACCACCCUUCCAAGGAUCUCUGGUCUGACCCUCUCCAGUGGCCAUCUGUGUAUUAAUUGCCUCUUUAACAGAUAUUUUCAGCUGCAAGCCCCUGCAGGGUGGGGCACCUAUCUGAGGCAGGGUUUGGUGUUCCCCACCCCAACUGACCCUACGUUUUUGGCUGCUGCUGGUGCUCCCCUCUUCCCCCCACCCCGUUACUUCAGCAUGAAAGGGGAGACUCCUGUGAACAGCACCAUGAGCAUUGGACAAGCACGCAAGAUGGUGGAACAGCUGAAGAUUGAGGCCAGUUUGUGCCGGAUAAAGGUAUCCAAGGCAGCAGCAGACCUGAUGACUUACUGCGAUGCCCAUGCGUGUGAGGAUCCCCUCAUCACUCCUGUGCCCACCUCAGAAAACCCCUUUCGGGAGAAGAAGUUCUUCUGUGCCCUCCUCUGAGCAGCUGCCUUUCCUCUCAUCUCACCUUCCCCUCUCCUGGGCCCUUGUUUAGGUUGGAAACUGUAGCAGCCUGCUCCGACCCUUGCCUACCCCUAACAUUGUCUGAAGCACAAGGCCCUCCUUAGCCACGCGGACCCCAUCUCCUCGGCUCCACCCGCAGAGGGAUCCCGUCAAAGUGCCAGAGUCCUGCCCCUUCCCUCGGUGACCCGCUCAGGCAGGGGAGAGAGGGAUGCCCAGGUGCUCGUUCUCGUUCUCACCUGGAGCUAUUGGAAGUUAAGGGAAAGCCAUUGGAAGAAUAAAGUCAUCUAGAGCUUCA